AUGGCAGAAGAAAAGGUACCGACUCGGGACCUCGAAGACGCCGCGGAAGUCUCCGAGCAAGACCUCGACCCCGAUCGAGAAGCGCGCGAAAAGGCUCUCGUCUGGAGGCAAGAUCGCAAGAUUGUCCCAUUAUGUGCGGCGAUCUAUCUCCUGUGUUAUUUGGAUCGAUCGAAUAUUGGAAAUGCGAAGAUUCUGAAUGCGGAUACGCAUAAUGAUAUGCUGACCGAGACGAAUAUGACUUCGUAUCAAUUCACAAUCGCACUCAUGGUCUUUCUCAUCGCAUACGCCCUGUUUGAAGUCCCGUCUAAUUACUUUCUGAAAAAACUUCGUCCAAGUAGAUGGAUAGCCUUUCUCAUGCUGUCCUGGGGCGCAACCACAAUGGGUCUCGGCGGCGCGCACAAUUCCGCCCAAGUCACUGGACUCCGCUUCCUGCUCGGCGCCAUGGAGGCAGGUCUAUUCCCCGGACUCGUCUACUAUCUGACAUUCUGGUACCGCAACUCCGAGCGAUCGAUGCGCGUUGCUCUGAUUCUCGCAUCGGCUACUCUUGCCGGCGCCUUUGGGGGCGCCAUUGCCUUUGCCGUGGGCCAUAUGAACGGUGCCCAGGGACUAUCGGCUUGGCGAUGGUUGUUCAUCAUUGAAGGUGCGCCCUCAUGUGCAUCGGCUGUUCUCGUCUGGUUCUUUUUACCAGAUUACCCAGAGACGACGCGGUGGUUGUCCGUCGAGGAGAAGGAACUGGCGGCGGACCGGUUGAGAUUGGAGGGUUCGCAGGGUUCUGCGAACGCUAUGUCCUGGGCAGAUGCAAAGGGUGUACUUACGGACUGGAGACUGUAUGCUCACUAUGCGGUAUACUUUGGCAUCUCGACGCCCUUCUCAAGCUUGUCCCUAUUUACUCCGGCUAUCACCGCAGGUUUGGGAUAUUCCAACCUGCGUGCUCAGCUCAUGACCGUCCCGCCUUAUGCAGUGGCUUAUGUAGUUACGGUUGCCGUGGCCUGGUCAGCAGAUCAUUUCAACAGUCGAGGUCUACACUCUGCCAUUUUCUCCUUCAUUGGAGCCAUGGGCUUUUUAGCUUCGGCGGUCCUUCCAGCGGAUGCAUAUCUGCACCGAUACGCCUGCCUCAUCGUCGCAGCAAGCGGCUCCUUCGCCUGCAUCCCACCCCUCCUCGGCUGGCUAUCUUCCAACCUGCGCUCCACCGCAGGCGCAGGCCUCGCUAUCGCGCUGAACGUCUCCGUAGGCGCACCGGGCCAAAUUGUCGGGGUGUGGAUCUACAAGGCGAACGAGGCGAAGCAGGGAUAUCCAACCGGUCACUGGACGAACGCGGCUUUACUGCUUUGUGUCGCGGCUGGCUGUGUGUUGCUGAGGGGUUAUUAUGGGUGGAGGAAUCGGGGCGGCGUUGGAGAUGGGAUGGGGAAGAUGUUUGCUUAUUAG